CUAACUUCAGUAGAUAUCUCUGCAACACAAUCAGAACAUCUAACAACAGGUUUCUGUAAUUUGAGAUACAUAAUUUCAUGUUUCUGACUAUCAUAUGUGAGAUGGAUUACUUGUUUUGUCUAAUGAAAAUAAUGGCAGUAAUCUUAACAUAAUGAGUUACUUUGAAAUGUAAAGCUAUUCAAAAAUGAACUUCCUGCAUGCUAGUGCCAUUUAUUUAUUUAUUUGUUUAUUUUGCCCCUGCUCCUGAAACAUCGUGUGUCCGCCCCUGUUUCCUGACAUUUUAAAUGUUUUUUUUCUGCAUGAAAAAUACUUUAAUGGCAUCAAUUAUAAUAAUAGCUGGUGAUUCCUAACCUAACAUAUAUACCAGCUGUGACGGUUGGCUGUGCAACAAGUAAAGUGUAAGUUCAUCCGCAAAGUUUGAUCCCCACUGAUCCCCAUUAUUUGCUUCCUGGGAGAGGCAGAACAUUGUCUCGUGAUGUUGCAGGAUGUAAUGACAAGUCUCGACACAGGACGGCUGCUUUAUUCAAAUCAAAGAGGCUUCCUCUUCCCUCCUCCUCCUCAGCGAUACUGACUCCUUCUCCCCCAACUUCUUCGAUCGCUCCUCGCAAGGAAAGUGAGCAGAGACCAGCUCCUCCCUCCCCUCCUUCCCUUCCUCCACACGGAGCCGGAGCUUUCUCCCCCUCUCUCCUUCAAAACCAUGAACUGGCUCCCAGUCCUGCUCGGUGCGUGUUUCCCUUCGUGGGCUCCAGUCUUCUCGGCUUGUCCAUGACAUGACAGAGCGCAGCGCAGGAGCCAAAGUGGUCGCCUGUAACGCCACUGGAAGCCCGGUUCCCAGGACUCUUCUGCAGCGCUCCGGCCACGAAGAGCUCUCAGACCCCGGCAGAUUCCUCUCCUUCUUUGCAGAUCAAGGUCAGCUGUCCCAGUCAGACCUGUCCAUUGUCCACCCGGUGAAAUCCACCGCCGAUGGAGACUUCAUCUCCCACUCUGUGUCCCACCACCUCAAGGGUGGGCGAGUCAGGCGUGACCUUCGACCCCUCGAGCUGGAGGGACAGGUUUACUACAAGGUCAACUACAAGGGUCGCGCUUUAACGUUCAAUCUGACUGCAAACCAUCACCUGGUCUCAAGUGACUACAUCCUGGAGAGGAGGAACGGCAGCGCCAGCAGCACAGAGCAUCGCCUCCCAGAGGGGAACUCCUGCCACCUCCUUGGCACUGUAGAAGCCCCCGGCGUGCGGGGAACGGCUGCCAUCAGCACCUGCAGAGGACUGAGAGGCUUCUUCGCCCUGCCAGAAGGACACUUUUUCAUUGAACCUGUCCAGAAGUCUCCUGAUGAUCCUAAUGAUCCUGCAGAGACUCCAGAGCCCCACGUUGUCUAUCCAAGAGUUACUCCAGAAAAUCACAGAACAAAACGCAGCGCAGAGUCCAGAGAAACGCCCGGCCCCUGUGGAGUUCAAGAUGCUCUCGGCGACUCCGUCCGGGUGGAGAGGGAGAGGGAGGAAUGGGAGAGGGAGCAGCAGAGGGGGGAGGAUCAGCCUCAGUCCCGGUCACAGCGCUCAGUCAGCAGAGAGCGCUGGGUGGAGACCAUGGUGGUGGCCGACUCCAAACUCAUCGAAUACCACGGCAGCGAUAAUGUGGAGUCCUACAUCUUCACCAUCAUGAACAUGGUGGCUGGGAUCUUUCACGAUGCCAGCAUUGGGAACGCCAUCCACGUCAUCUUGGUUCGCCUCAUUCUACUGCAGGGAGAGGAGAAAGGGCUGAAGAUUGUUCACCACGCAGACACCACUCUGGCCAGUUUCUGUGCUUGGCAGAAAAACCUCAACCCCCAGAGCGACACACACCCGGCUCAUCAUGAUGUGGCCGUGUUGAUCACCAGAAAAGACAUCUGUGCUGGUAUGAACCAGCCCUGUGAGACACUCGGCCUGUCUCAUCUGUCUGGGAUGUGUCAACCACACCGCAGCUGCAACAUCAAUGAGGACUCAGGACUACCUGUCGCCUUCACCGUCGCCCACGAGAUGGGCCACAGCUUCGGGAUCCAUCACGACGGCCAGGGGAAUGACUGUGAGCUGGAGGGGAGGCACCCGUUCAUCAUGUCCAGACAGCUGAUGUACGACAGCUCGCCUCUCACUUGGUCCUCCUGCUCCAAGGAAUACAUUACACGCUUCCUGGAUCGCGGCUGGGGUUUCUGCCUGGAUGACCGUCCCUCUAAGAGGGAUCUGACCACCCCGCUUGCUCGCCUCGGUGUGCGCUACACCACGCACCACCAGUGCCAGCUGCAGUAUGGCCCGAACGCUACAUUCUGCCACGAAGUUGAUAACGUUUGCCAGAUUCUUUGGUGUUCGGUGAACGGCUCCUGUCGCUCCAAACUGGACUCGCCUAUAGACGGCACUCGCUGUGGACCGGAGAAGUGGUGCAUCUCAGGAGAGUGCGUGAUUGUGGGUAAGCUCCCAGAGACGGUGAAUGGAGGCUGGGGGCAGUGGAGCACCUGGUCUCACUGCUCCAGGACCUGCGGGACUGGAGUUCAGUCUGCAGAGAGGGAAUGUAACAACCCUAAACCGGAGUUUGGGGGCAAGUACUGCACCGGGGAGAGGAAGCGGUAUCGGACAUGUAACACAAAACCCUGUCAGAAUAAUACACCGACCUUCCGAGAGAUGCUGUGCAGUGAAUUUGACACUGUGCCCUAUCACAAUGAGCUCUACACAUGGAUUCCUGUGGCUAACUCACUGCAUCCCUGUGAGCUGCACUGCCGACCGGUCAGCGAGUACUUUUCGGAGAAGAUGCUCGACACUGUGACGGACGGGACGCCGUGCUUCAUGAACAACAAGUCCAGGAGCAUCUGCGUCAACGGGGUGUGCAAGGACGUGGGCUGUGACUAUGGCAUCGACUCAAACGCAGUGGAGGACCGCUGCGGAGUGUGUCUGGGCGAUGGCACGAGCUGCGAGAAGAUCUAUAAGUCAUUUGAUGAGGGCGAGGGCUUUGGGUACACGGACGUGGGGGUGAUACCUGAGGGGGCGCGGGACAUCCUGGUGCAGGAAGUGGAGGAGGCAGGUAACUUCCUGGCUCUGAGGAGCGAGGCGACGGAGGAGUACUUCCUCAACGGCAACUACAUCAUCCAGUGGAACGGGGAGUACGAGGCCGGCGGGACGACGUUCUUUUACGAACGCAGCGGGAACAUGGAGAACCUCACGGCUCCUGGACCCAUCAGACAGCCGGUCAUGCUACAGUUGUUGUUUCAGGAGAAGAACCCCGGUAUAAAGUACGAGUACACCAUCAAGAAGACCAGAGAGACAGGAAAUGAGAUCAUCGAACCCCUUUACAGGUGGAGACACGGGGCGUGGACAGACUGCAGCACCACCUGCGGCAUAGGUGAGCAGCAACAGCCUGUGCGGUGUUUCGAGAUGGACGUGGGUGUAGUGGACGAGUCACUGUGCGACCCAGAGAGCCGUCCAGAAGACAGACACCGGAAAUGCAAGACUGUUGACUGUCCCGCAAGGUGGUGGGUGGGUGGCUGGCAGCAGUGUUCAUCCACCUGUGGUUCAGAGGGGGUACGGAAGCGAACGGUGCUCUGUGUGCGCACGGUGUCAGGGGAGGAGAGGGUGCUCCACCCUGUCGAGUGCAAGCAUCUCCUUAAACCCAAGCCUAUUGUGCCAUGCAACAGAGACAUACCCUGUGGACAGGAGUGGGCUGUCAGCAACUGGGAGGAGUGCCCGGUCACGUGUGGAGGAGGUGUCCGCUCACGCACAGUCACGUGUGCUCUGGCACCCAAGAAGACCUGCGACCUCUCCACCAAACCUCGGUCCAGAUCGCUGUGUGGCCUACAGAGCUGCCCCAACUCAGGUCUUCGCAGACGGCCGGGGCCUCCCCCUAAAUACCGCCGCGUCUUCCCACCUAAGAGCCACCCCACCGAGCAUCCUGGUACCUGGGCUCCCACAAGCACCACGACCACAGCUGCACCCACAGCAGCCAUCACUGUGAGGAAGGAAACGACCACCAAGGAGACUACAACUGCUUUCAUCCCGACCACCCUCUCAACCCUUAAAACCGCAGUCCCUGAAAUCACAGAUACGGACGAUCAUGAGUUUGAUGUUAAAGUGAGGGAAAACGAGGAUAAGAGAGGGAAAGGCGUCACAUCUAAAGCCAAGGACAGAAAAGCAACUGGCGCGGAAACGGAAAAAGUAGAAGAGAGGGAGGAGGGAGAGGAGGGAAGCACGCCAAAUGUGCUGAUGUAUACUCCAGGAUAUGAUUAUGUUGUUGAGGAGAGGACGACGGAGGAGGAGGGGAUUAUUGACCUGGAUGUCACCACAUCUACAUCACACAAAAAUCCGCUUAAAUCGGCCACACCAACACCAAAUACACUCAUCACACCCACUCUACAAACAAGUCCACCUACCGUACACACAACCAAAGGAGCCGCCACCUACUCCACCCCACACACCAGCACUGAAACAUGGGCAAAGACGACUCACCGCUAUCCCUUCACCUACCCCCGCACCACCCCCCGUAUCGACCCGUACAGCCACUGGACGCACAGGGUUCCCCUCACCACUCCCAUGUACAAAGGCCAUCCAGGGCCAUCGACAGCUGGCUUCCACACGACACGAGCUCCAUCCACAACUGCGAGGAAACCAUUUACCACCGCGGCAACACCCACAGUGAAGAUCGUGAAACUGAAGAAGCCCGCUGCUGUGACACCUAAGAAAAACAGUUCUGUCUCUCGUGCUAAAAAACCCUCCUCCUGGUCCAAGGGCCAAAAGCAGCAGACAGAAAGCCCCAGUGACCAAAGCAAUGUGAAGGCCAGAGAGCCCGUCAGCAUGGAUAUAUCCUGGGUUGUAGGGAACUGGAGCGAGUGCUCAACAACAUGUGGUAUUGGAGCGAUAUGGCGAACAGUGGCGUGCAGUUCCCAGAAUGACGAUGACUGUGCCAGCAUGACGAGACCUGAGCCUGCACGCACCUGUCACCUGCAGCCCUGUGCCACCUGGCAAACUGGCAGCUGGAGCAAGUGUCCAGAUAGCUGUGGGGUGGUGGGGAGGAGGCACCGCGAUGUGCAGUGUGUCGACUCUCAGAGUAAACGUCCCCUCAGACCUUUCCACUGUCAAGCUGUGGCCAGCAGACCCCUCAGCACUCUGACCUGCCCCCACAAGCCCUGCAUGACCUGGAGUAUUUCCCCAUGGGGACCGUGCUCUGGCAGCUGUGGUGAAGGCAUCAGGGAGCGGCUGGUGUACUGCCCCGCACCUCAUCGCUGCAGCACCGCACUUAGGCCAAACAGCACAGAGCCGUGCAGUCUAAAGCCCUGCACGCUGUGGAAGGCAGACGACUGGGAGGAGUGCUCUGUGACUUGCGGCACUGGUCAGCAGCAACGUGAAGUCUACUGUGCGAGUGAGCAGGAUUUGGCUGUAAUGCCGAACAGCCUCUGUGAGAAGAUUUCCAAACCAGAAACACUCAGGAAGUGCAAUAUGCAGGAAUGCAAGACCAACGCAGGUCCAGUUUGCAGGAAGAACACAAUGUCCUCUCGCUUCUGUGACAAGCUGAAGCUGUUGGGUCGCUGCUCUCUCAGGUCGGUCCAAAGACAGUGUUGUGUCACCUGCGGCUCAUAGCCUGGGUCACACAGCCACAGAUAUUACAAUGGACACAUUCCAGCUGCAGUUAUACUUACUGUAUCCUCAUGCAAUACUGGCCUCAAGCCGCACCAUCCACAGACUGACACGUCCAAACCAAAGUGCCACAAGGAGCACAAAUAAACCCGGGUCGACUUAGAAGAGGUUGUGAUUUUUCUUUUACUUUUUAGGGUUUUAAAAAAUGUAUAGGAACCAUUUUAGGAACCAUGAAAUUAAAACAUAAUUUAGAGAGCAAGCCAAAACAGUGAUGAUGAAUACACAUCUGGAGCAUUACAAGUAUUCAAUGUUCAUCAAGCAGAAAUGUUUAUUACAAUUAAAACAUUUUUUGCUAUUGAAACCUUUGGUGAAUUUAGUAACAGCAUAUUUUCUGAAGCGUAAGGGCAGCGUGCAGAAUGAGCCAUAAAAUGAAUGUGAUUUAAUCAGCACACUGAUUCAGUCAAAUUUACAAAAAAAAAAUGAAAAUGUAUAAUUACACUUAAGAAUGUUUUAUCAAGCAGCACUAAUGCAAGUUGCAACAUUUCAAGAGCUAUUAUAACACAAGGUACAGUAUUCACCCUCUUACAGUACAUAUCUCUCUGGGUUAAAGGUGCUUUCAUAAUCGAGGUGCUGAUGACUCACAACAAGUCAAUUGACCGGUUAUAUUUUUAUUUCAAAGUGAACUGGUAAAAACAGAAUGUAAAUAAAGAUUUUUGUGACCUCUUUAUUCAAUUGUUGAUUGUAAAGAUACUCUGUGUAUUUUUUUUUAACUCAUAUUUUUUUUGUUUUUGUUCUCAGAGCUGGCACUGUGUGUUUACAUUAUUCUGGGUACAGGCUCCUGCUUUAGUCAUUUUUGUUACAACAGUCAUUGAUAAUUAAAGGAGACCUAUUUUGAGCGUUUUUGGUUCUUGUGCAUGUAACAGAUCUUAAAGAGGUUAAAGUCCACACAAACAGAAGCUCCUCUUUCCCACAGAAAAUAUGGCACCUUAAACGCCUCGUCAGUAGUCCUUUCUUAAUUCUGUGACUUUGUGACAUCGCGCUAUGUCACAUAUUUGCAUUAUUUAUGCCUAGCAGCUAAUUUGGCAUGUCCAAAUUGAUUUAGCACAGCUGCUCUGUUUUUUAUUAUUGGUGCUAGCUCAGGCAUGUGACAGCUGACCAAUCAGAGGAGACUGGGUAUUUUGGAGGAGGAGCUGACACAGAGCGUUUCAGACAGAAGGGGGUUACAGUUCUGCAGAACUGGACAGUAUGAGAAAUGAAUUUGUUUUUUGAGCAUUAGAGCACGAAAACCUAUUCUAACCUAGAAUAAAAUGAUGAACCUGAAAACGAGCACAAUAUGUCUCCUUUAAAUCAGCUGCAGAACCAGCACAGUUCUGCGGUCUAACCUGUGGUGCUCCUCCUCUGGUGUGACGUUGACCAAUGAGAAAGAGGUGUUGCAGGUCAUCCCUCUCAGGUCCCUCUAAAGAUGGCCGCUUCGCUUGUAUGAUGUUGUACAGGUAUUACAGUUGUCAUCACCUUGACUGAUUUGUACUUAUCUUAAGUCUCUCUCAAUGAACGUGACGAUAACAGAUGUUUGUGACAAAACUGCUUUGUAACUGAGACACGUAAUAAAAUUUUUCUUUGAAGGUU